GCCUACCAGGUCUGUGUCGUUUGAGGUAGUGGAGGGUAGCGCACUGGGGAAGUGGUGACGGGAGUUAAUCCGGGAGUGACGUCCAGAACGUGGGAGCAGUUUCUGAGUGUGGCCAGCCAACGGGCUGCAGCGCUGACUUUACUGCGAGCCUGUCAAACACAACCAACACAGCCGACAUGGCGGACUGGGACGCUGACAACUUCGAGCCGGAGGAGCCGAUUAAAAAGGCGGCAGUGCUGGACAAAUGGGAAGGCGAGGACGAAGAUGAAGACGUUAAGAAACUUCGUUAGGAAAGAGCUGGCAGAGUCAAUUGUUGUCGGUCACAUAUGGCGUCAGGGUUUCCAGGAUAACUGGGAUGAUGAAGAUGAAGAGGAGGAGAAAAAAGUAGAGGUGAAGAAGACAGAAACAAAAGUUUCUGAAAAGAAAAGGUUGACUGAAAAGAUUAAAGAGAAGGAAAAUCAGCUAAGGAAGAAACAGCAAGAACUGAAAAGGGAGACGGAGGAGAAACCUGAAGAACUUACUCCAGAGGAACAACUCACAGAGAAGUUAAGAGUCAAGAAACUACAGGAAGAUGCAGACUUGGAGCUAGCAAAAGAUGCUUUUGGUGUUAAUACUGUCGCAGGAAUUGAUGCCAUGUGUCCAUCCUCCAAAGAAGAAUUCACAGAAUUUGAAAAAUUGCUGAAAGAAAAGAUAACGCAGUUUGAAAAAUCAGUCCAUUAUUCAAGUUUCUUGGAUUCAUUGUUUCGGGAACUUUGUAUUUCAUUGGAAGUAGAUGACUUGAAGAAAAUCAGUAGUUCACUUUCAGUCCUACUUAGUGAAAAACAGAAACAGGAAAAGCAAAACAAAGGAAAGAAGAAGAAGAAAGGGGUUGUACCAGGAGGUGGACUGAAAGCACAGAUGAGAGACGACCUUGACUAUGCAGAGUUUGACGGCGGUUAUGCCCAGGACUACGAGGACUUCAUGUGACAUAGGCUCCUUUACUACUUUCCUCCCCUCCUUCUUAACCAUCAAAAGUACAGCUGUACCUUCCCAUGCUGUCCAGUGCCAUCCUGGGAAAUCUGAACUAUGUGCCGCCCCUUUCAUUUUUGCUUCAGUUACCAGAGGGACUAUACCUGGGAGCAUCCAGUCUCAGCACUCUUAAUGUACAGAAUGGCCUUUUCCGUCUCAUUCAGCCUCAACUCGCACACGAUCAUGUGGAAUCUGUUGUGUGACCCAGCUUCAAAGAAGAAUACAUCUGUAACUGCUACUGCCUGAAUUUUGCAGGGCUCUUUUUUUUUUAUUUUAUUAAAUAAAUGUUGCUCCUGUUAAAAUGGCAGUACAGCAGUUGUAAGUAAAGUGACAUAGAAACAAGGUUCUAUGCAAAUUCCUAAACCAGAAUGUCAUGUAUUAUAGGUCGCACUGAAGUGUGGUUAGAUCUUUUACAGGAAAAAUGUAUAUAGUUAAUAUCUCUUGGGUUGCCAAAUGCAGAACAAUUAUUCAGUUUAUUAUUCAUCUCUGGAACAGUUGCAUUGUGGGUUAUUUGAGAACGGCACAACAUAUGAGUAGUGGUAAUUUUACAGAGUGCACAUGACAUUCAAUAUAAGAUAAAAAGGGAUAGAGUAUAAUAAAUGUGACUUUAAAACCUCACAGCCAUUCUCUUGAUACAUCUCUGGAAUAUCCUUGAAAAUAUGGAGCAAACGAUGCUUAAAAGUAUUUUCUUUUGCAUGACAGAAAUGUAACUUACUAAUUUGAGUUUUACUAAUGCAGAAAACCAACAGAUCAGGCAAAUAGAGUAACUUGCUGCAACUGGUCUCUAAUUGUUGCUUCUGCAGGCUUGUAUCAGUUGUGAUGAGCGGAGGCUAAUGGGCUCCACAUGUCUUCUUAUGGGCUUCAGUUAGUUGAAAGGGGCAUCUUUCUCCUUUUUCUUCUCUAGCUCAUGACCAGUUCCAAUCUUACACAGACGAUUCGAUACAUGCAAUUUUGAAGAUAUGACAUCUGUUUUUUAAGCAUCUUAAUUUAAUAAAUGACUGGUCAGGAGA